AUGAGCUUCCUGAGGAUUUUAAAGGAGAGAUCAUCACUUCCUCCAGGACCCAUGCCCUUACCGUUCAUUGGGAAUCUUCUGCAGAUCGACACAAAAGACAUUAGUGCCUCGCUUUUGAAGCUAAAAGACAAGUAUGGACCAGUCUACAGUCUGUACCUGGGACCUAAACCUGGAAUUGUCCUAUGUGGAUAUGAUGCUGUGAAGGAGGCCUUAAUUGAUCAAGAUGAAGUAUUUGGAGAGAGAGGGGACUAUCCUGUGUUCUUGAACUUUAUAGGUGAACAUGACCUUUGCUUUCACAAUGGGAAGAGAUGGAAGUCACUUCGACGCUUUGCUCUCCUCACACUGAAGAACUUUGGAAUGGGGAAAAGAAGUGUGGAGGAAAGGAUACAAGAGGAGGCUCAGUUCCUCAUAGAGCAGUUUAAAAAGACAAAGGGGACUCCAAUGAAUCCCACAAAAUACUUUGCUCGAACAGUCUCCAAUGUGAUUUGUUCCAUAGUAUUUGGCAAUCGGUUUGAUUAUGAAGACAAGAAACUGUUGGCAAUAACUGACAGCAUUUAUAAUAACUUCAUUGUCAUGAGCGGCACCUGGGGAACGCUGUACAACAUGUAUCCAAACCUUAUGGAUCACUUGCCAGGUCCACACAAAAGAAUGCAGAAGUAUUUUGAUAUGAUCUAUGACAUUUCAGCAGAAAGCAUCAAAUACCACAAGGAAACUCUGGAUCCUGAAAAUCCUCGUGACUACAUUGACUGUUUCCUCAUGAAGAUCAGAGAGGAAUCUGACAACCCAGACACUGCCUUUUAUGCCAAAUCUUUGGCCAGAACAAUUCAGAACCUGCUGUUUGGAGGAACAGAGACGGUCAGCACUAACCUGAGAUAUGGAUUCUUGGUGCUCAUGAAAUACCCGGAGGUGGCAGAGAAAAUUCAAGAGGAGAUUGACCAUGUUAUUGGAAGAAAUCGACUGCCAUCUGUAAGCGAUAGAAGCAAUAUGCCAUAUACAGAUGCUGCUAUCCAUGAACUCAUAAGGUUUUGUGAUGUGCUGCCGGUCAGUCUUCCUCGUUGCACAUCCAGAGACACACUUUACAGAGGAUAUUCAAUCCCGAAGGGCAUAUAUGUCACUCCACUCCUGGCCUCUGUCCACAGGGACCCGGAUCAUUACACACAGCCAGACAAAUUCAACCCAAAUAAUUUUCUGGAUCACAAAGGGCAUUUUAAGAAAAAUGAUGCCCAUAUGCCUUUCGGCGCUGGAAAAAGGAUGUGUCUUGGAGAAAGCUUGGGACGGAUGGAACUCUUCCUAUAUUUCACUUCAUUGCUUCAAAAUUUCAACUUCAGACCAGUCAUUCCAAAAGAGGAGAUAAACCUUAAACCAAUGGGGAGUGGACUGGGCAAUGUCCCACCUAACUACAAGUGUUGUAUCAUACCUCGCUAA